AUGUCCCUCCGUCGAACUCUUCUCCGCCCGCGACUGCCUUCAAAGGGCCGACCUUUUGCUUCUUCCUCACCAAUCAGGGCCCAAUCGACCCAUGCCCCAUUCACAUACCGCCUCGGUGCCUCUAGUAGUGGCAAGUCGAGUCCUGUAGCUCCUCCAAGCGACAACAAUGUCUUUCCUCAAUCACUGCUGGACCGCGACGAUCCCUAUUUCAACUCUAUGGACAAGUUCUCUGGAGAAGAUGCCUUCUUCAUGGCCAAAAUAGCCCGCAGCGACAGACAUGUUGUCUUUGGCCUCGCCGACGGAGUAGGAGGCUGGAGAGACUCAGGCAUUGAUCCUGGGAGAUUCUCGCAUGGCCUUUGCAGAUACAUGGCGCAAAAGACACACCGGCCGGACGCGGAAGCAGAUCUGAAGCCUCGCAACCUGUUGCAAUUCGGUUAUGAAAAAGUCAUGAGUGACAGGAGUGUCCAAGCUGGAGGCUGCACUGCCUGCAUUGGUGCCAUUGAGCCCUCGGGCGCUCUAGAAGUCGCAAACCUCGGAGACUCUGGCUUCCUCAUCCUCGCGCCGGGCAAAGUCUCGUUCAUGUCCCCUGCACAAACACACGCCUUCAACACGCCAUACCAAUUGAGUAAGCUCACUCCACGCAUGCAAGCUCAGAACCGCAUCUUCGGCAAUACUGGCCAAAUCUCAGAGACACCUGCUCAGUCAGACGUUACGACGCAUUCCCUCCAUCACGGUGAGCUCGUCAUCUUCGCAACAGACGGUGUCUUGGACAACCUAUCAGGCAUGGACAUUCUCAACAUUGUACAACCCAUCAUGGAGAAGCGUGGCUACUGGUCUGCCGCGGAAGGUGUCGAGUCAAAGGGAGCAAUCAUCAAGGCUGACAAGCUGCGAGACCCGAAAGAAUCUGGAAACCUCUCCAACCUCCCCUCAGAGUUGGCGUACUCCAUUAUGAGAAACGCGAAAAUUGCUGGCAUCGACACUCGUAGAGAUGGCCCCUUCGCAAAGGAGGUUCACAAGCACUUCCCGAACGAAGAAUACCACGGUGGAAAGCCUGACGAUAUCGCCGUCAUUGUUGCGCUGGCCGUUCAAGAUGGUGCUCUCAAGGCAAAGCUUUGA